AUGGCGGUGGUGAUCUCAUGUGUUCUUCUAUCGUUUCUGGCAAAGCUGGCAACUUGCGCUGAUUCCGACCCUCUCCAGGACAUCUGCGUGGCGGAUCUCAACUCCAGCGUUACCCUGGUGAAUGGUUUCCCCUGCAAGCCCAUCUCCCAGGUUGUGGGAGAGGACUUUCGCUUCCGGGGGCUUGGGGUGGCGGCCGACACUAACAACACCCUGGGGCUCAAGAUCACCACCAUCAACGUUUUCAAGUUCCCGGGCCUCAACAGCAUGGGCAUCUCCGCGGCGAGGGCCGACUUUGGGCCCUUUGGAGUGAAUCCCCCGCACGUCCAUCCCCGGGCCACCGAGCAGUUCUUCGUCCUCUUUGGCCAGUUCUACGUCGGCUUUGUCACCAACGAUUUCAAGCUGUAUGCCACGACGCUGCAGCCCGGGGAUGUGUUUAUCUUCCCCCGCGGCCUCCCUCAGUUUCAACUCAACAUGGGGAGCUCUCCGGCGUCGGCGUUUGUGUCGUUCAACAGCCAGAACCCGGGGGUGAUGCAAAUGCCACACGCGCUGUUCGCGUCCGACCCGGAGAUCACGGACGCGGUGCUGGCGAGGGCGUUUGGGAUCCCGCUAGAUGGAUCCAGUUUGAAGCAGAUGAAGGACAACAUCCGUGCAAUGUUUCCAAAGUUGUGA